GUGUCGACUGCUCGCGACCUAGCGAGAGGACUCUCUCGCUCGCGUCUCACACAGACGGUACAAUUGUGCUAUUGACGGGUUGUGAACGCAAACAAACCACGUUGCCGCCGAGCCAACUGCUGUUGCUGGUGUUAGUCGACAUCUUCACAUCCGAUCCGUCCAGUCACGCAGCGCUGCUACAGUAGCCAGAGUCAGAGACACAUAACAACAACAACAAAGAAAGCGCCCGGCAAUCGAAAGUAACCGGUCGCCAUACAGUACCCACGCCAUAUUGUUAUCUGAAGCUGCAUAAUCUCUCACACUCGAGUGCUGGGCCUGUAGUAUCCAGAUGGUGUUUAAUAUUGUCCCACGGGCACGUGAUGAGGAGGUAGCGCGACCGAUCCGUGUAGGAUGAAGCGACACUAGGACACCUUGUGGAGCUCCAAAUUUAGACUGCCCGUUUUUUGUUUGUUUCGAUAACGACCGCCAAAGGUGAUAACGAUCACGCAAAAUUGUCGCUGAGCCCCGGUUCGGGUUCGGGUGCUAAACAGAUGUGCUUAAUUAGAGUGUGUGAACGAAUUAGAUUAAUUUGUUUUUAACCACUGCGUUACGGUGAACGGUUGUGUUGGUGAGUUUUUGGCGGAGAGUGGGCCUGUGUUUGCCCUAAACAUGUGCCUCAAACAGUGAAUUACUAGCAGGGAGGUUAAAACAUGGAGAACCACAUUUGCCGGACAUUGUGGAGUGUGAAUAGGAUGAAUUCCUUGCUGUGUAAAGUUAGCCUUAAAUGGGUUUAAUUCGUACAAGUAGCUUAUCUUUCUUUAAUCCUAAGGAACAAAAGUGAAAUUGGAACAUCACGCUGCUCCACGAAAUUGACCACGUCUAGGCAAUUGUGUGGUUGGCCAAAAUAAGACCAAAAAAGAGACCACAAGUACGAGAUAUAUCCUACUGAUAACGUGCAAACUCGACAAAACGGUCACCGACUCGUUUGACGUGCUAUCGUGAGGCCUGUCCGGCUCGGUGGAAUUUAGUGCGACCGUCCCAGCAACGUGAAAAGUCAGUGGUAAGCGUUUGCCCCGGGGAUAUCACAAAAGUCUCACGGUGUACUGGAAACGUGUCAAGAAGUGGAUCAUUCCGCGUUGCUUACCGAACGGCCGACACGUAUCCGGUUGGUGUAUCCUGGCGUCCGAAGCCUCACACCAGUGCACCAGACGAAAGUAGUACGUCCCAGGUUCUCUCGACGUAAUACCCGACACAAGCUAAGCGCCGUGCAUUUGCAAAGCUACUGUUAGUGUGUAAACAUCGCCGAGACGACAACAUACCCAACAACAUCAUGAUUAUAUUCCUCUACCUGAUACUGGUGUUGGCCUGGGCGCUUCUCAUCAUCAUUCUGAAAUGCAAAAAAGCACGCGCCAAACGGCUGGCGGAACAGGAAGAGAUGGCCCAGCCGGUGCACGUGGUGCAGAUCGGGUCAAACCUCUACGACAUUAUGUCACUGCACCGGGACAACUACAGCGGUGUGUACAGCUGUCUCGAGCACGGUACCAUCGCGCAGCACCGGCAGCGUGCCUCGGCCAGCGUGACCCACUCGAAUGCGGCCUUCGUCGGUGACGAUGGGUCCGUGUAUCCGGGGAACGGCAUGGUUGCCCUGGAACCGCCACCAUCGUACGAGGAAGUGAUACGGCUCCCUGCCUACUAUCCCAAGGUGGAAACGUUCGUGCCGGAAAUGGUUGUUCCACCGUCGCUACCACGGCCCCACACGGUAGCUACCCAACAACCGGCCCAGCUACAUCAACCAACUCGUCCCGGCACGUUGGAUCUCUCUGCGGUGGCAACGAUUGCACCUGGCACGACCGGUCCGGGAAGGCCAACGGAACCGACCGUCGAUGCAAACGGAAAUCGUAUCAAGGGAACGAACAGCAGCAGUAAUAGUAGUUGUACACCCUUCACAACCACCACCACCGUAACGGUGCAGCAGACUGCUAGCUCGUAACAAGGAUCGACCACGACACACAGCCACGGAAAUGGUGGCGUUUCGGAAUCGAAAUCAUCAAGUGCCUAGCGGGUGACCCACUGGACCCACCACACACAUACAGACACUUCGAGCGUUUGGGUGCACCUUGGGGGGUCUCGGACCGUCUGUCGGAAAUGGGAAACGGACAGGGAAGAUUAGUGCAUACAUAUCUCCAGUAUCUUGUAUCUGUGACUGUGUUUUAAUUUCGUUUCUAACCACACGUCCACACACAUCCAAGCACACAAGCGCCGGAUGGCACACGAAGCAAAUGCGCUUCUGACGAGCGUACUAGCGUACCUAUGUAUUCUGUAGAAGGCUGGCCGUGGUUUCUUUGGUUUGUCUCUAGGUGCCCAAACCGAGCGGUUUAUCGAAAUUGACUCUUGUGGAGAAAUAUAUGCGAUACGAUUACACCAAAAA